GAGGCGGGGUGCCUGGCGGCGGCAACAGCAGCAGCAACAGCAGUUGCAGCAGCAGUAGCGGCUGAGAUAGGAAGAAAGCCUGAGAUAUCAACCUAUGAAGACUGUGAAGACAAUUCUGAAUAGCAGUUGUGACUGGUGAUGUUGUCAGACAUAUUCUGCAGAGCAUCUGGAAUGAACCUCUUUUAUUGACUGUUUUCACUGGCCCAGAACCAGGGGCACUGGAUUCACUUGACUUUGUUAACAUAUGAACCAGUGUGAUGGUGAAAUGAGAUGAGGCUCCGAAAUGGAACUGUAGCCACUAUUUUAGCAUUUAUCACUUCGUUCCUUACUUUAUCUUGGUAUACUACAUGGCAAAAUGGGAAAGAAAAACUGAUUGCUUAUCAACGAGAAUUUCUUGCUUUGAAAGAACGUCUUCGAAUAGCUGAACAUAGAAUCUCACAGCGCUCUUCUGAAUUAAGUGCCAUCGUACAGCAGUUCAGGCGUGUAGGAGUAGAAACAAAUGGGAGUAAGGACACGUUGAAUAAAUUUUCAGAUAAUACGCUAAAGCUAUUAAAGGAGUUAACAAACAAAAAAUCUCUUCAAGUGCCAAGCAUUUAUUAUCAUUUGCCUCAUUUACUGCAAAAUGAAGGAAGCCUUCAACCUGCUGUGCAGAUUGGUAAUGGAAGAACAGGAGUUUCAAUAGUAAUGGGAAUUCCUACUGUGAAGAGAGAAGUUAAAUCUUACCUCAUAGAAACUCUUCAUUCCCUUAUUGAUAAUUUGUAUCCUGAAGAGAAGUUGGACUGUGUAAUAGUGGUCUUCAUAGGAGAGACAGAUAUUGAUUAUGUACACGGUGUUAUAGCCAACCUGGAGAAAGAAUUUUCUAAAGAAAUCAGUUCUGGUUUGGUGGAAAUAAUAUCACCUCCUGAAAGCUAUUAUCCUGACCUAACAAACUUAAAGGAGACAUUUGGAGACUCCAAAGAAAGAGUAAGAUGGAGAACAAAGCAAAACCUAGAUUACUGUUUUCUAAUGAUGUAUGCUCAGGAAAAGGGCAUGUAUUACAUCCAGCUUGAAGAUGAUAUUAUUGCCAAACAGAAUUACUUUAAUACUAUAAAAAAUUUUGCCCUUCAACUUUCUUCUGAGGAAUGGAUGAUACUAGAAUUCUCCCAGCUGGGUUUCAUUGGUAAAAUGUUUCAAGCACCAGACCUUACUGUGAUUGUGGAAUUCAUAUUUAUGUUCUAUAAGGAGAAGCCCAUUGAUUGGCUCUUAGACCAUAUUCUCUGGGUGAAAGUCUGCAACCCUGAAAAAGAUGCAAAACAUUGUGAUAGACAGAAAGCAAAUCUACGAAUUCGCUUCAGACCUUCCCUCUUUCAACAUGUUGGUCUGCAUUCUUCACUAACAGGAAAAAUUCAGAAACUUACGGAUAAAGAUUAUAUGAAACCAUUACUUCUAAAAAUCCAUGUAAACCCACCUGCAGAAGUAUCUACUUCUUUGAAGGUCUACCAAGGACAUACACUGGAGAAAACAUAUAUGGGGGAGGAUUUCUUCUGGGCUAUAACCCCAGUGGCAGGAGACUACAUCUUGUUUAAAUUUGAUAAGCCAGUCAAUGUAGAAAGUUAUUUGUUCCAUAGUGGCAACCAAGAACAUCCAGGAGAUAUGCUGCUAAACACAUCUGUGGAAGUUUUGCCUUUUAAGAGUGAAGGUUUGGAAAUAAGCAAGGAAACCAAAGAUAAACGAUUAGAAGAUGGUUAUUUCAGGAUAGGGCAGAAGCUCUUUCUCAGGCACAGCAAGGUGAGAAGACUUGGCCCUGAUCACUCACCUCACCUCAGGUCACUUGCCUCCAGCACACUGGGAGAGGUAAGCCAAGAAAAUGAAGGAUACUGCUACUCCCCAGUGCUCUGCUCAUAAAGCAGUGGUGUCACUCCAGGGGAAAUAGACUGCUGUCCUUUGCCAAAGAUUCUGGGCAGUUGUACAGAUAGUUUUCCCUAGAAGAGAGGCAGGCUUAAAAACAGAGAGCUCUGUAGCUCUCCUAAAGGGGACUAAUUUAUUUGAAACAGAGCUUGAUGAAGUUCAAGCCUAAGGGCAGUGUGGAAUAUAAUUGGGGUUUUGUUUGUAAGAAAAUAAGAGGAGACUGGUAGCUACAUUCAAGCUAAACUGUAGACUAUCCAGGAGUUUGACAGAACCAGGGAAAGAGCUAGUUAGUAACUGAGUCUUCUUGGGUGGGAAGGAGCCACCAAGACUGGCCCACCAAGGGGCCAAGAUUUAAUUGGGUCUGACCAAGUAACAAAUUAUGCCUGAAGCCACGUCAGAUACAAUAGAUAGUCAACGGCAAUUAGUAGAGAACUGACAGUUGAAGGUAGGGUAGGUUAGAUGGGUGUGGCAUGACAGCCAAGGACGGUCUUGUGAAAGGAAUACUAGAUUUAGUAAUUAAGUUAAGGAGGGCUGAAGAGCCUUUAGCAGAGAAAUACUAAAAGAAAUGAACCACUGUCAGGGUGACAGAAUGAGAUCCAAAAAGGAUGACCUUGGAAAUCCCUGGCAAUGCCAGCAUUUUAUGAUACGAUUCUAGUCAUUGUUUAGUAAUUUCCUCCUUUGUUUCCCCCUUUUUCUCUUGUCUUUCUUACCAGGUAUAGACCAUUGGGUUAAGGACAGAAGUUAAAUUUGUUGUUUGGAAAGAUAAUACAUGCACAUGCUAUAAAAUACAAAUUUAAAAGGGUAAACCUAAGUCUUAUAAACAUUUUUUUAUAUCCUCACCUGAGGGUAUAUUUUUUAUUUUGUUUUUUAGAGAGAGAGAAAGAAAUACAGAUGAGACCCAUCUGUUAUGGGAAAAUCGGUUCUUCUUGCCAACUAUGUUCACAUAGUAGUGAACAUUCACAGGGAAGAGAAUGGGCCUAGCCAAGGUGGGUGAGACAGGCAUAGGUCCCCAGUCCCUUUGUCCUGAGGAUUUACAUAGUUUGCCAGGUGAGGUGAGGGAGUUACAUAUUCAUGGCUGGGUUAAGGCCUAGGCCUAUUCUCCUCCCUGAGAAUGUAUUACUACUAGUAAACUCUGCUUGUAUACUAAUCAGCUUGCUGAUCUUUAAUUCUUUACUGCAUCAGGGAAAAGAAUCAAGUUUUGCACAUCAAUCAGCUUCUUGCACACACCCUGACUGGGGAUUGAACCCACAACCUUUUCGUGUACAGGAUGACUCCCCAAGUUGUACAGGGCUAAACUUAGCCCUACCUAAACUCUUCUUUCCCCUCCUACCAAUGCUUCAUAGAGGCAGUUACUGUAAUGAUUUGUGUCUUUUCAGAAGUAGCCUAGUCAUAAAUAAAAAUGAAUAAAUUCCUUAAAAACAGUCAUGCACAAAUGAUCACAUACUGAGUGUACAGCCUUGUUCUGCAUUUUGUUUUUUUCCACUGAACAAAAUACAUAUGUGCAUAUGGAAAAUGAACAGUUUUAAAAAUUAAAAAUUAUAAAUAUUUCAGAUAUAUAAAAAGAUGCAAAUAUAAUAUCUGUGUAUCCAGCCUAAGAUUUGCCAAUUCGGUUAUUCUUCCCUAAUGUCUUCUUUUCCCCUCCACCCAAGGGUAACUGCUAUGCUAAAUUUUAUGGCUAUCAUUUCCAUUUGCACUGUACUACAUAAGUAUAAAAUUUUCCUUAGCAGUGCUGUUAUUUUUACUGUUUUUAAAUUUGAUGUUACAUCAUUCUGUAGUCUGUAAUUUUUCUCUCACCAUUGGGAGAGUUAUCCACAUGGAUGUAUGUAUCCAUGGCUCAUUCAUUUUCACUGCUGUAUAGAUUCUCUUGCUUGGCAUAAAGUUUGUUUCCAUCAUUCUAUUAUUAUAAACAAUGCUGAUUUGAACACUUAAGCAUGUAUAUGAGUUUCUCUACAACACAGGUGGCAAACACAAGGUCCACGGGCCGAAUGCGGCCCUCCGCUGUGUUUUAUCCGACCCAGCACCUUGUUUCUAGCCCAGCAGCAGCACUGAGCUCCUUGCCCUAGGCAUUUACAUUUACACAGUCCUAAAAUUACCUUCAGCCCUUUGAAAGCAAUCUUGAGGCUAAUGUGGCCCCUGGUGAAAAUGAGCUUGACACCCCUGCUCUACAAUAUAUAGUGAUGGCAGGAAGUCUUCAACUGCAUUACCUUCAUUUUUUUUCAUUGGCUGCCUAGCAUUUCCUCAUAUUAGCAUACCAUAAUUUAUUUCUCCAGUCUCCUAGUGAUGGUUACCUAGUUUGUUUGCAAUUUUUGCACAUGUGAGAACAUACCUGCAGAAUAAAAUUGUUGGGUGAAGUGUUUUAAUGAGGCUGAUUACAUUAUUUGGUAAUUGUUUUUCUAAUUAAAUGAGCUUAUCAGGUGACAAUGCCAGAUAUCUCAUUGUUGAAGUGUUUCAAUUUCACAGUAAUUUUCAGUCUUAAAUCCCUGUAUAACCCAAUAGUCGGUAAUACUUUUUUGUAUUCCCUGUCCUGGUCCAGUCCCACGUGUGGACAUACUUUUAUGAAAUAAAUUUAUUAAUAAUUUUUCAAUAAAAACACUACUUUAGAGUAUGUACCUUUAGUAUUUUUAUACAAAUGAACACAAGCCUUGUCUGGUAUGAUUUCCAACUCGUUUGUAUCUUAUCUUAUUGGAGGUCCAGUCUAUCCAUAUGUUGUAAGACCCUAGAGUAGACUCUAUAACACCAUACGAGUCAGCAAACUAUAUAGCCCAGGGUCUGAUCUGGCUCAUUGCCUGUUUCUGAAUGGACCGUGAGCUAAGAACAUUUUAAAAAUUCUUUCUCAUUGUUUAUUUUCACUUUUAAAUGGUUAAAAUAUAAAAAGAAUAUCAUUCACAUGUAAAACUUAUAAAAAGUUCUAAUAUCAGUGUCCAUAAAUAAAGUUGUGUUGGAACACAGCCAUGCUCAUUUGUAUUUGUAUUUGUAUUAUGGAUUGUCUGCAUGCUUUUGUGCUACAACAGCAGAGUGAGAAGCUGCAGUAGAGAUUUAGAUGGUGCUCUCAUUGCUUCAGAUUGUUGCUUUGUGCACUACAAAUAGCAAUGAUGGCCCUGACUGGUGUGGCUCAGUAGACUGAUUCCCAGUCUGCAAACCAAAGGGUCACCAGUUUGAUUCCCAGUCAGGGCACAUGCCUGGGUUGCAGGCCAGGUUCCCAGUAGGGGGCGCAUGACAGGCAACCACACAUUGAUACUUCUUUCUCUCCCUCUCUUCCUCCCUUCUCCACUCUAAAAAAUAAAUCUUAAAAAAAAUUAAAAAACCCCAAAUAUCAAUGACGCAUGUCUAAUUUGACAGUAUUUCUAGUUCCACACAUAUCACUGUACUGUGACAUUUACAAAAAAAGAAAAUGCCAGUGUUUACCCACCAUGUCGAAACAAGAAAAGUAGACUCUGAAUGCUUCUUAACUCUGGAACGUGGGUUAUUUUAUGACAGGAGGUGGCAGAUUGGUGUGGUUAUUGAAGACAUAACCGUACUAUGCACUCACAAUAUUCCCCACUCACAGGAAAGCGAUGAUCAGAAAACUUAGAAAAUUUUAAAUGGAAUAUUUUAUCACAGCAGAAUUUCUUCACAAAAUGAAUUCAAAUGAGGAUGUAACCAAAGUGAAUUUUAAAAUGGCUCAUGUGUUAAACAGAUAAAACCACUUAGCAACCAUGAGUUAAUCAAAUCACACUUAAUUGCAGUGGCCAAAGAUAUAUAUGUGCGCAGAGAAUAAAAAACUUUAAACUGUUAGGUUUUCAGCGAUAAUUACUUGAAGAGUUGAAGAUUUGGGGAAUAAUAUCAAUAGUCAGAAAGCAAAUUAUUUAAAUUAUUUCCUUGGCUCUUGAUAAGUUGACAAAUGUUACUGAUUCUGCCCUGUUAUUUGGAGCCAGUGCCACAAUGAAGUGACUGAAGAAUUGGUCUCUGAAUAGUCUGUGGAACAACUACAGACAAGAAUAUUUUCAAGACAAGUUGAGAGAACACAAAAUUGGUAAAACCUCAAGUGGAAUCUGCUAAGAUGUGUUACAGUGAAUGGUGGUAAAAAUAUAUGUGGAGAAGGUUUAAUUGGAUAAAUUUACAAAGUUUGUGAAAAUGUAAAGUUUUUAAUGCCUCUGGUUAUUUUAUUGUUCAUCAGCAGGCACUUUACAGAGAAUAUUUGAAUUUGUCAUUUUAUUGAACUAGCAAUGUCUACAGUGAAUUUUAUUCACUCUCAUGGACUUUGUUAUCAUCAGUUUUGUGGAUUUUGGUCAGAAAUAGGAACUGAGUAUCCUGACUUGCCCUACCACACAGCAGUUCUGCAACUUAGUAGUGACUUAAAAUAUUUUUUAUUUUGAACUCAGGAAUAAGAUUAAAACUUUUCCAAGUGGGAGAGCUGCCCUCGACUACUAUUAUCUCUUUGAGAAUUAAUUUUUGCUGCAGACUUAUUUCAUAAUAAAUUCAGCCUAAAGUCACAAAACAGUGCUUAUUGAUGUCAAGUCACUGAUGACAGCAUUAUUUGAACUACAAGUAAUAUCAGGCUAAAUGAGGUGCUUCCAUAAAUCACUUUAAGUAAUGAUACACUAAGGCAAAUAUAAAGAGAAGAAUCUAAGAAUUCCAUGAAUACCUUCCAAGUGAUAAAUAUGCUCCAUUACAGUCAUGUGCUUGUGGAUCGAUAUAUUAGGCAGUAUCUAAACUGUGUGAAAUAUUUGGGGUGAAGUAUAUAAAAUCUUCAUUGAUCCACAUUAACAUAAGACCAUUUGCAAUUGAUUUUUUGAUGGUAAGGAGCACUGAUUUUGAAUUUCAGUUAAUUGAAAUGUUAUCCCCCCCCCAAAAGAAUUACAUUCUCUUUAGUACACCUGUAAUAGGAGAAUAUAUUGAACUCAGUUGUUGUUCUUAUUAUAUUUUGAAUUUCAUGAGUAAGUUUUGUGGAAAUUUGUUUUCUCUCUAUACAUACAUACUUACGUGGUAUCCUGUUUUUCUUUUGGCUCACAAAGCCCCAGAUAUUUACUGUCUGCCUAUUACAGAAAAAGUUUGCCAAUUCCUGGCUUGGGGAAAUGUGGCUCAGAACUAAUCAUUCUCCUGUCACUUAUUCAACAGCAUUAUUUGGUUUUGUUUUAAAAAUAGUAUUCCUCACAGCAAGAAAAAUUGGGUACAGAGCACAUUAACUUUUAUAGUAGUUCUUGGUCCUUAUCCUUAUGGGAGAGCUUUUUCAACUUGCCAUUUAUAAUGGAGUUUUACCCUGCAUUUGCUGAGAGAAGGUAUCACUUUGUAAUUCCUUCUAGAUGUGCCCUUGGAAAAAAUACACAUAGGUUGAGCCCCUGCCCAAGGCCAACCAUUGUAUUAAUAUGUGUGUCUAAUUAAAGCAUUGAAAUUUAUUGAGUUAAGCCUCCAUGAAGUUUGUACACAGUAUAUUUUUGUUUUGUUCUUUAUAAGAAAAAUAUAGCUCUGCCUCUUCAAAUGGAUUGUUUCUAUUGUAAAGUUGAAUAAAAGUAGGAAGAAGGAAAAAGUCAACCAUUCCCUGUCUGAAGACUUCCACUGGAAAUAUUUUGGUGUUUUCCUUUCCUGCUUUAUGUCAAUGAUGUUUGAAGCAUGCUUGUUCCAGACUACCCAACCAGUGUUGAUUUUUAUU